AAUUUAAUUAGAGGUCAGGGCUUGAAAUUUUUGGAGUUUUUCCUUCGGUUCUCGCUGCUAGGUGCAUUCGCGAGUCGUUACCGGUUACCGCUUCUUCCCGAAGACUACCGAAAACGCACGGAACGUUGUUGAGCUCCCCGUUCCUUGUCCCUCCAAUCAUCAUUCACCUGCACCCCUUAGAUCCGUCGAAAAUUAACCCUCAACAUUAUUACUCAUCUCAAAACUCGAAUGCAAUCAUACUGACAAAUCCAAUCGGAUCAUUCUGAUUGCGUUCCACUCGUUCCUGCAACUCUGAACCCAAAUAUUUGUCACAUCAAAUGGCCAACAGAGUUCAAAUCCCCUCAAGAAAUUCAGCACUCAUCGCCAUGAUUGCAGAUGAGGACACAGUAGUUGGAUUUCUGCUGGCUGGAGUGGGCAAUGUUGACUUGCGUAGGAAGACAAAUUACCUCAUUGUCGACUCAAAAACGACUGUCAAGCAAAUUGAAGAUGCUUUCAAAGAGUUCACAACAAGGGAAGACAUUGCAAUUGUGCUGAUAAGCCAAUAUGUUGCAAAUAUGAUAAGAUUUUUAGUUGAUAGCUACAACAAGCCUGUUCCUGCUAUACUGGAGAUUCCUUCCAAAGACCAUCCUUAUGAUCCUGCGCAUGAUUCUGUCCUUUCACGAGUGAAAUAUCUCUUUUCUGCUGAAUCUGUGGCAUCUGGCAGACGUUGAACUCGAAGCUUGUUUCAUCUCACAUUCCCCCUCCCCCUCCCAACGCCUCCGGAAAAAACCUUAAAAAAAUUCUCUCCUGUUGAAUUGUAACUUGGAUAAUUUAGCUUUUGUGGGGUUGUUUUCUUUCCUCUUUGAAUAAAUUAGCAUGGUGCCUUUGUAUUGCAUGGAGUCUGAAGAAAUAAGAUGCAUGGUUUAUGGUUCAUAA